AGGGAGGGGGCAGGGCGCGAGGUAUCAUGGAGGAUCAGUAGGCAAACUGUGGCCAUCAGAGGAAAGCAGCUACCGCUCUGAUCCCAGGGAGUUUCUCAACUGUCCAUAGCCCGUUAUCCUAAUCAACGCACACCGGAUACUUCAACAUGGACAUGAAGAAGAGGAUCAACCUGGAGCUGCGGAACCGGAGCCCGGCGGAGAUAGCAGAGCUGGUGGUUGAUAACAGUCGCUCUGCAGAUGGGGAGGUUGAAGGUCUGACGGACGCGUUCACAGAGCUCGAGUUCCUCAGUAUGGUCAAUGUGGGUCUAAGCUCGCUGGCUAAACUGCCCUCACUGCCCAAACUACGCAAGUUGGAGCUGAGUGACAACAAUCUGUCUGGUUCUCUGGAGACUCUCUCGGAGAAAUGUCCCAACCUGACCUACCUCAACCUGAGCGGGAACAAGAUCAAAGAGCUGAGCAAUGUGGAGGCACUGCAAAACCUGAAGAGCCUUCAGAGUCUGGACCUGUUCAACUGUGAGAUAACAUCUCUGGAGGACUACAGGGAGAGCGUGUUUGAGCUGCUGCCUCAGGUCACCUACCUGGACGGUUUCGACCAGGAGGACAAUGAGGCGCCUGACUCCGAGGCUGAAGACGAAGAUGAGGACGGCGAGGACGGGGCAGGGCCAACUGGAGAGUACGACGAGGAAGACGAUGAAGAGGAGGAUGAGGACGGCUCAGAGGGAGGAGAGGUGGGACUGAGCUUUCAGGUGAACCGGGCCGAUCAGGACGAGGAAGACGAUGAGGAUGACUAUGCAGAGGAGGAGGAGGAAGAGGACCAGGCGGGCGUUCAGGGACAGAAGAGGAAGAGAGACGCGGACGACGAAGGCGAGGAUGAUGAUGACGACGAAGACGACUAGUCCUCCAGCUGAUGUGUCGUCUGUGUGUCGUCCCGUCCUGUUUCUGUCCGUCUCAGUCCACCUCUGGACGCGUCCUUCGCCACACAAAAAACAACAAACAAACAAACAACAACCGGCAACAGAGACAGCGGCAACAGGAACUGUGUGAUCUGCGAUAGUUUGUUUCAGUUUGUAAUAGAAUCUCACUUCUUUAUUUUUAGAUAAUAUAUAAGAAGAUUUUAUCAGAACUUCACCUGUUGAUACCCGAUUGAAGAGUCCACGUGUUUCCCUUUAAACCUGGUUCAGGGUCACAGUCUGUCCCCUGUCCACAUCCUGAACUCUGACUCAUCUAAACGCCUCACUGGAUGACUGAAGUCUGGCAGCAAACCUACCGGCCAAAAACAAAUCUACAAGUCCCGCCCUGCUGCGAACAGACUUCCUGUUAGCAGAGAUGUUUGAGAAAAGGUGUGACUACAGAAUGAUGUCACUUCCUCUCCUCUGUCAGGCUAGAUUUGGGUGUUGCGUCUCGGUGGUCGGCUUGGCUAUAGCUCCUGCUUGUAUCAAGAAGCCAUCGGGGGUGUUUUCUACUUCAGGGACCGGACGCUCACUCUGGGAAAAACAAAACUUGUGUCCAACAUCAGGUGGUGGAAUAAAGAGCCUCCUGACGAAGCUUCCUGCUGUAGUCCAGUUCAGACCGCAAGACCUCUGAGACGUUGCUGGUCUAAUACACAAUCACAUCACACAGCUGGUUUUAAAGCCUACAUGCUCCAGUUUCUGAUUAAUAAGGGAAAAGCGCGGCUGCUGCAAACGUGUUACCAUAGUUACUAAAUGAUCUCGGGUAAAUACAGGCUAAACAUCACUGAUACAGAUCAGGAGAUCCAGACUGAACCAGACUGAGACGUAGUUUCUCUUACUCCUUUUCUACCAACAUGGAACGGGUUCCAUUUGGGUUCCCGCACCUAAUUUUGAACCAUUCAGAGCAUUUUGACCAAAAAUAAAUACACUCAGAAACUGAAAAGUUGGUUCUCAACUGACACACACAAAAAAAAAAUAGCAGGUUGUUGUUUACCUGAGGUACCAACCAUGAUGUCAUCAGUGGGUGUGUCAUAUUCUACAGGUUGGAAGGAGAGGAUGGAGAAGGCAACAAUAUCAUGGAAAAAACGACAUGCAGUAGUCUCAGUAAUAGUUGGCUUGUUUUUGGAUAAAAUAAGCAUGGAAUAAGCAUAAAUUGUAAUAACAGAACAAAAGUUUGCAAGUAAUCAAUGUGAUCCGUCAUCUUGCCAAUACUGUUUAAUUCUCUUUUGCAAUUCACAACAACUUUCAUUGGUGACGCAUCUUUGAUUACAAUGGUUCGGAUCAAAACUGGUUCCAAGAAUCCUAACGUAACCGGUACCAGAACGACAGGGAAUUUGUCGGAAAAGCCGUAUCUGUCUGGUUGUUUAAGAGUUUGAUUGGAAGCUUUCACACAAGGCUGAAAGAACUGAACCGGAUAGGUUCCUGAAAUCACGUGAAAACCUGUCAUCAAAACGUAACACCCAUGCUGCCCGUGAUCUCGUCCCACUGGCUAUCCUGUUUAUACAGACUGUUUCUGUGCUGUUACUACCUCCACUGCCAGCUUUGAGGUGAGACAACUCUUGUUUCCCCGUUCCACGAUUGUACUUUUUACACAGCCGGGUGAGGCGGGAUAGCGGCGUGAAAUUCCUGCCUCGUAGAGGGGGUGUAAAAGGUGCUUACAACAAUUGUAGGUGUAUAUGCCGUGCCGUCCGGGCCCUAUUUCAGAAAGCAGAAUUAGUGAAAACUCUGAGAAUGUUAAGCCUGAGAUGAGGGAAACUGAGUUUUCUGUUUCACAAAGCCAGUUCAGCAAAACCCUGAGUCAGUUAUGGCAACAUACUCUGUGAAGCAAAACUGUUGGCUCGCAGGUUUGCUUCAUCUAAGCCUGAGGCUGAUCACCCACUGAGUGUGUAGCAGGAAGAAGAAACAUGGCGUGUCCCCGUGAAUAAAGUCGUGGACGUUGAGGCAGUUUAUUCAGAGGCUGUUGCGUAAGGAGAUGGUCAUUAGACCCCGUUUGGAUGUCUCUCUGUGAAGUGUCUGUAUGAAAGACACAAUUUCACCUUACAGUCUAUCAUUUAUCUUAACAAUCUGUUCCACCCAGAUAUAUCAAAUUACACAUCGUGGAUUUGCAUUAUCAUUGGAAAUUUUAUGCAUUGCCCUUUGAUUCUUCAGCAGCGGCAGUUUUCUUUAUAACAUCAGAGACACAUCUGCAAGGCAACGGUUUGUCAGGCCGUAGGAAAAGUGUCUCUGGUUCUGAAAAGACUUUUGGCAGUUUUUGUGGUUUUCCAUGGGCAUAAAUCAGAAAGGAUCAUCAAAGUAACCAUCAUGGGGCAUCAGUGGCUCCGUGGAUGUAGCGGGGCACCAUGAUCCCACGCCCAGCCCCUGAUGCAGCAGCUCCGGAUUCAAGUCCAGCCUGCAGAUUUUUGCUGUGUGUCGUUCUGUCUCUCUCCCCUUAACGUUAUGCUGUUUUGCCAUUACAGGCAACAACAAAAAAAAAUCAUUAAAAAAAAAGGUGGAAUUCCACAGAACUGCAGGUUUGUCAGUGUUAAUAAGAAAUUCAUCCACGUGGAUACAUUAUGCAAUGAUUCAUGAACACUAUUCAUAUAUUCAAAGAUUCUGCAGUGUAAUUGGCUCAUUUAUGGGACUCACAUCCCAUCAUAGCUCCAUCUGAAAAUAAAGGAGAUUACGUGAAGACGUCAUUUCUCAGCAAUUCAGUUAACCUCAGCCUAAUAUUGAUAUCUUUGUGUUUGAUUUUGAGUUGCUGCCCAGUGUGUUUGGGCCCCAUCGUCACUGAGAAUCAUGUUAUCUGCGCUCCAUUAAUGAUGUCUGUUGGUGUUCACUGUGAAUGCGCUUCCCUCAGGCUGAACAUACUCAGAGUUGAUUGAGGUAAUUCUGCUCAACUGUUCUGGAACCGAAAACUCAAAGUUUGCUAGCUCAGGCUCAGUCAACUCGGAGAUCGAGAUCAGGCUCAGAGUUUGUUGAGCCUGCUUUCUGAAAUAGGGCCCAGCUCAGGAAGAAUUGAAUCCCUGGUACCUACAGUACUGGAGAAAAACAAACACAACAGGUUUGGCUUUGACUUGGUACCGAAGACACCCCUGAUUUGAUCUAGUUUAGGAGUUGUCUUGUAAACUGGUUCUGAGAUCAGUUGUGUAGUUUGGGUUUAUCACCAUGACAAUAAUCUGAGAUUGAAAACUCAGAGCUCUUGAAGGUCUUGUACUCUGCUCUGGACUUAAUUUGAUUUGUACGAGCUGGACCUGCUGUCCUGAAACGUCUCCCACCAAAGUCUUGAUUCAUCGCGAAUGUCUCAACGAGGAGUUUUAUCUGCAGGUGAAACAGAAACCUCUGAACACAGAGAUGAUUCUGCACAAACAGGAAGUGAAGAGCCAGCUUGUUUCAUAUCAUCUGUCUGUCUUCUUGGGCUUCAAACCGGACAGCCAGACCACAUCCGAUCUGAUCUUUGAAAAUCAUCCUUCAGGUUUUUGCAGAGGACCAGAACCCGGUUCUUCCUGCAGCCAUAUCUGAUUCUGGACUCUAACAGGAGAGGAGAGCUCCCCUUCAGGACAUCAGUGUGUCUAACACCCAAUCAGGGACGUCACAUGUUUCAGGAUCUUCAUCGACCAUCGUGUUUUAACCCUUUAGUCCCUGAACUCAAUAGCGAUCACGUUGACUCUGCUGUCUCUGCCCUGUUAGAAACAUGCAGACCUGCUGUAGCUCAGGUCCACAUAGGAGAUGAUGUUCCCAGUGUGUGUUUGAUUUAUUGUAGGGAUUUUCCAGGGAAGAUUAGGGGGUGGGUGGGAGGAAAUAUUUGUUCUGAUGUGUUUGGUUUUUUUUGUUUUGUUUCGUCUCUGAACAGCAACUACUGUUGUUUUUUAGUUUGGCUUGUCCUCAAACUGCCCGUCCUCUCGUGAUGUUCAGACCACCGCAAUGUCUCACUUUAGGCCCCGCCUCCUGAAAGUAGCCCCAAACCUCACUGCAGCUCCUCCUCAGAGGAAACGCUUCAUUUUCACAUAGACCAAAACCUGCGGUGCGUUCAGGUACUUCUUGAGUCAGAAAACUUACCUGCAGGUGGAAAUAAAAUUUUCCGGAAUUCAAAGCAGCUAAAGUAAAACUGAGAAAGAAGACACUUAACUCUAAAUGAAGUCGUCUGAGUGGCGCCUAUCAGACCUUUAUACAAUCACGUUACACCCUAUUGGUCAUGUGACCCACUUAAACCCAACUUAAAUUGUAACUGAACAAACUGUCAGAGAUCACCUGAACGCACCGUUGAAGUGGAUUAUGGGAUACUGAGGGCUCAUUGACCCAUUACGAUGGAGGUGGAGCCUGAAACGGACACACCUGUUGCGUCUGAUUCAGGUGUCACUGCUCUGCGUUGAAUUCUGAAGCCAUGCAGGCAGCAACUUUUUACGCUCUACUUUCUCUAUUUGUUUCAAACAGGACCAAACCUGAGCUGACAGGAAGUAAUUGGUAAUCACAUAAAUUGUUUAUUGAAAAUAUGAUUAUCAUACAGAAAAAAAGUAGUGUCCUUAAAAGUAUAUUUCUGCAUUUCAUUCGUUUAUCUCCUGAUGAGUGAGUUUUUCUUGUCCUGAUGAUGCAGAACUUUGAACUAAACUGCUUUUGAGUUUUAGCUUUUUUCUCGUUUACACUCUUAAAAACCGACGCACCACUUUUCGGAGCUUUCAUGUGUCCAAUACUUAAGUGGCGAGUUUGUCCUGUGCAGCUCUGUGAGGAGAACUAUCAUGGGAAUUAAAGACAGGAGGUUUUUGCCCUGCUUUUACGUUGUUGAACGACUGAAGAAGUCUACAGACUCACUUGUGUGACGGUUUAAAUACAGUAAAGUGAGGAUGUUACACGUUAUACAUUAAAUCACCUUUAACAGCAGAAUUUAGCUGACACGUCCAUGUUUGUUUUGUGUCCAGGCAGUUCCGUAUCAGUCCGAUAUUUAUCAGAGCUUUUGUAAUUAAGACUUGGAUGUCAUCAUGGAUGCUUUUAGGUGUGUCGCAAUAUACCAGAUAAUCAUGAUAUUUAAAAAUGACUGUUAAUGUUAAUAAUACAGAUAUGAUAAUAUCAUGUAAAUUGACCAACACUUCUAAAAUCAUUUUUGUUUAUUUCAGUCUGACUAUGACUUAGCCUCUGGGUCAACAGCAAGCCCCCAACUGGGCUUUGAAGCCGAUCUCUGUAGUGGCCAAACAGUGCAAUUACAACAGCCGGGUCCGUCACGUGAUGCCACACGGGACUUUUCCCCGCAGACUUACAUUGGUAAAGAGAUGUCUGUAAAUCAGUGGAUAAUUAUUAUUAUUUUAUUUUUAUUUUUUUAAACGUGACAACGCUCAACCCUUCAAACUUCACACUUUUUGAGGCCUAAAACGUUUAAUGAAGACAUCGCCACAUUGCAGCAUCCUGCAGAAGACACAGGGCUGCUGUUAAGUGUUGUGUUGUUGUUUUAAAGAGUGUAAAAGGUCAAAGGUCGCGUCUCAGACCUGCUGAGGUCAGUUUUAACUGGUUUUUAAGGCAAUACUGUAAAUAGACUCAGCUCAGUUUCAGGUUUGUUUUUAUUUUUUAAUGACUUAAAAUAAUUUUACAGAUGUUUUGUUUUUCUGCAGCGAGGUGAUAGUUGACCUCCAACUUUGACCUUUGACCCUGGUUCACUCCUCUGUCAGCUGAUACUAUCCUCUAUCAUCGUCCUGUCUGUGGGGAAAACUGUGUUUGACUUUUUGUGUGCUGUAACAAAAACAUAUUGAAGGGUUUUGAAUAAAAAAUUAAAAGGAAAACAAA